UCACUCCCACCCCCGCAGCCCUGGACGCCGGGUAGAGAGGAGCGGGUCACAGGGACCAGGAGGGCAGUACGAACAGAAGGACCUCGAGACCCCACCCGAGCCGGGUAGCGGACCCAGAGGGCGGCAGCCAGACGCCCACGCCUCCCCAUCGCCGCGCCCGCAGCCCCAGGUCCGUGCGCGCCCACCUGGCCUGGAGCCCGAAUCCCACCCCUCCGGGUCCAGGGCCAAUCGGCCGCGCCCCGCCUCCUGGGAGGUGGGGGAGGAGGGGGUUGGGGGCCGGGCGGCAGCUCCCGCCUCCAGCUGGUGCCCAUUGGCUGGGGCCUCGAGGGUGCCCGAAGACCGGAGUGCAGUUUGAUUGGCCGCAGAGGCUCGUGACAGCGGCGCCCAUUGGCUGUGGCGGCCCCCGUGACGCGGGGUGGCGACUGGCUCCCGGUUCUGAGGGGCUCCUGCUUGUCAGGUUCUAGCUCAUGUUUUUCUGGCCAGACCUGUGGUCAUUCCCGUGAGACUUCACUGCACAUUUUCUGAAGUGUCUUCCUCAUCCCUAAUGUGUAAUCCUUCAACAUGGACCUGCUACUUUAGCUAAGAUAUGACCAGCAAUGAAUAGUAGUAAGAUAUGUGCUGAUUAGAAGGCUCACAGUGCAGUGUGGAGGAUAAGACAGUGCCUUACAAAAAUGGGGUUUGGGAGUGACCUGAAGAAUUCACAUGAAGCUGUGCUAAAAUUGCAAGACUGGGAAUUACGGUUACUGGAAACAGUGAAGAAAUUUAUGGCCCUGAGAAUAAAAAGUGAUAAAGAAUAUGCAUCUACUUUACAGAACCUUUGUAAUCAAGUUGAUAAAGAAAGCACUGUUCAAAUGAAUUAUGUCAGCAAUGUAUCCAAGUCUUGGCUACUUAUGAUUCAGCAGACGGAACAGCUUAGUAGAAUAAUGAAGACACAUGCAGAGGACCUAAAUUCUGGACCCCUACACAGGCUCACCAUGAUGAUCAAAGACAAACAGCAGGUGAAGAAAAGUUUUGUAGGUGUUCAUCAGCAGAUAGAGGCAGAGAUGAUCAAGGUUACAAAGACAGAAUUAGAGAAAUUAAAAUCCAGCUAUAGACAGUUAAUAAAAGAAAUGAAUUCUGCCAAAGAGAAAUAUAAAGAAGCUUUAGCUAAAGGGAAAGAAACCGAAAAGGCCAAGGAACGAUAUGACAAAGCGACAAUGAAACUUCAUAUGUUGCAUAAUCAGUAUGUAUUAGCAUUGAAAGGGGCGCAGCUGCAUCAGAAUCAGUAUUAUGACACCACACUUCCUUUGCUUCUGGACUCCUUACAGAAGAUGCAAGAAGAAAUGAUAAAAGCACUGAAAGGCAUAUUUGAUGAAUACAGCCAGAUAACCAGUCUUGUUACAGAGGAAAUAGUGAAUGUCCAUAAAGAGAUUCAAAUGUCAGUUGAACAGAUAGACCCUAGCACAGAAUAUAAUAAUUUCAUAGAUGUUCACAGAACAACGGCUGCUAAAGAGCAAGAAAUUGAAUUUGAUACUUCCUUACUAGAAGAAAAUGAAAAUCUUCAGGCAAAUGAAAUUAUGUGGAAUAAUUUAACAGCAGAAAGUUUGCAAGUAAUGUUGAAAGCUUUAGCAGAGGAACUUACACAGACACAGCAGAUGCUUUUAAACAAGGAGGAGGCUGUCUUGGAACUAGAGAAGAGAAUUGAGGAAUCUUCUAAGACCUGUGAAAAGAAGUCUGAUAUUGUGCUUCUACUAAGCCAAAAGCAGACACUUGAAGAGCUGAAACAGUCAGUCCAGCAGCUGAAAUGCGCUGAGGCAAAGUUCACAGCACAGAAAGAAUUACUAGAGCAAAAAGUACAAGAAAAUGAUGGGAAAGAGCCACCUCCAGUAGUAAAUUAUGAAGAAGAUGCACGAUCAGUUACAUCUAUGGAAAGAAAGGAGAGGCUAUCCAAGUUUGAGUCUAUUCGUCAUUCAAUUGCUGGAAUAAUUAGGUCUCCAAAAUCUGCACUGGGCUCUUCAACAUUCUCUGAUACGAUCCCUAUAAGUGAGAAGCCCCUGGCAGAACAGGACUGGUACCAUGGAGCAAUUCCCAGAAUAGAAGCGCAAGAUCUAUUAAAACAACAAGGAGACUUCUUGGUGCGAGAGAGUCAUGGGAAACCUGGUGAAUAUGUCCUUUCUGUAUAUUCUGAUGGACAAAGGAGACACUUUAUCAUACAAUUUGUUGAUAAUCUAUAUCGAUUUGAAGGCACUGGUUUUUCAAACAUUCCUCAGCUUAUAGAUCAUCACUAUACAACAAAACAGGUCAUCACUAAGAAAUCAGGUGUAGUUCUGCUGAAUCCUAUUCCUAAGGAUAAGAAAUGGGUUCUCAAUCAUGAAGAUGUCACAUUGGGAGAAUUACUGGGCAAGGGAAAUUUUGGUGAAGUAUAUAAGGGCAUUUUAAAGGAUAAAACUGCUGUUGCUGUUAAAACAUGUAAAGAAGAUCUUCCUCAGGAACUGAAAAUAAAAUUUUUACAAGAAGCCAAAAUUCUCAAGCAAUAUGAUCAUCCCAAUAUUGUCAAACUUAUAGGCGUUUGCACACAAAGACAGCCUAUCUACAUCAUUAUGGAACUGGUUCCAGGAGGUGAUUUCCUGUCCUUUCUGAGAAAGAAGAAAGAUGAGAUAAAACUCAAACAAUUAGUGAAAUUUUCAUUAGAUGCUGCUUCUGGUAUGUCCUAUCUCGAGAGUAAAAACUGUAUACACAGGGAUCUUGCUGCAAGAAACUGCCUGGUAGGUGAAAAUAACAUUCUGAAAAUCAGUGACUUUGGAAUGUCUCGUCAAGAGGAUGGGGGAGUGUAUUCAUCUUCUGGCUUAAAGCAGAUUCCCAUUAAAUGGACAGCACCAGAAGCUCUUAAUUAUGGGAGAUACAGUUCUGAGAGUGAUGUGUGGAGCUUCGGCAUCCUCCUCUGGGAGACAUUCAGCUUGGGGGUCUGUCCAUACCCUGGAAUGACAAAUCAACAAGCACGGGAGCAAGUGGAAAGAGGAUACCGAAUGUCAGCCCCUCAGCACUGCCCAGAGGACAUUUUCAAAAUUAUGACGAAGUGCUGGGAUUAUAAACCUGAAAACCGCCCCAAGUUCAGUGAACUUCAGAAAGAACUCACUGUCAUCAAGAGGAAAAUCACACAGUGACGGAACAGUGCAAACAGCUUCUAGGACCUGGUCCUCCAACAAAGUGACACUGUCCUCAUUAACAAUGAGUUUAUACCGCAUUACCUACAACAGUCUUCUAAGGUGAUUUUUGUUAUUAACUUUUUUUUUUAAGUAUGUGCCACUGACAGAAAAAAAAAGGCAAAGGCCAAUGUAUUCCAGAAACAGACACUCUUACCAAGGGCUUUAUUAGCUCACCACAGCAAUCCUGCCUUUUCUGGCCAUUGUAAAUAGAAAAGCACAGCCUCUCAGUGGGAAGGAAGAUCAGAUCUUUUUCACACCAGGACCACUGAUGUUUCUCAAAGGUUUUCUACUUCAGGCACAGUUCCCAGGCUGCUGUCCUGUGCCACAGACCGACUCCAUGGGUGCUAGAGCAGCACUGGUAAUGCCAUUGUCUGCAAGACACAUUCCAACCAAAAGUGGCUUUUUGCUCUGCCUAGGCAAGAUUCUCUUUGUCAACAUCAUUUUCUGUUGGGAGCUAAUUGAACCUCUUAGGGUCUUUCUCUUCUUUCUUGCCAGAAAGAAGUACAGUGUGAGAAGCAUCACACUCCUAUAUUAUUAGGAAGCUAGUUGUUCCCCUGCUCCUUGGUCUGGGCGUCGGACAGUGACGCAUGGAAUGUCCUCAAAGAGCACGCUCUUAGGGUUGCAAUAGCAGCUCUUAAAAAGAUGUUUUUGAGCGCUGUGCUGGAGAUGUUUUUGAGAGCUGUGUGUGUGGGAGAGGGGUGUGGAGAAAGGAACAACUAGAGAAAGAAAAGGAGAAUAUAAAAUCUGCCUUCUUUUCAGAGUUUUUACAUACUCACAAACCUUUCAUUUUAUGGUCUGAAUUCACAGGAAAAGUUCUAAGAAAUGUUUUCAGAAUUUCAUAGUUAAAGCCUAAUGGCAGCAAAAAAAAAAAAAAAAAAAAAAUUUAGUGAAACUAUAAAGCACACGUCCACAGAAAUAACAGCCUACUUUUGGUUAAGUUACUUUCACCUCAGAGGAGGCAUCCUGGUAUUUAAUUCCCUUUAUUUGUGUCAGUGUCCAGAGCCGAAAGAAUUUCAUGAUUCUAGUUCGUAAACACACGGAUGUAUGUACACACAUGCACGUGUGCCUGCAUACACACACACACACACACACACACACACACACACACACACUACUAUAUUAAGCAGUAGUAAAGGUAAAGAAGUCAAGUGAACGUUAUUGAAGAAGAUAAAGGGGCAUCCCUCCUGUUUCCACUUUCCCCCUUCAUUUACCCUUACACUGCUGCCAGGAGUGUAUCCUUAUCUUAGGAUAACCUUAUCUUAUCCGACCCGUGUGCGAGCACCGUUCUGGAGACACGUCAUGUGAAUAAGAUGGAACACAGAGUUAAGAGGAGGAGUCUGUUGAGCUGCAUGUUAGUUGCAUCCAGGGAACUUACCCCGUGUUCUGUAUAUAGUUGCCUCUCAGGAUAAAUAGGUAUGUAGGAGAUGGUCAAACUCAGGGGUAAAUGUGGCUUGGGAGCUUUUACUAAGUGCUCGGGCCUGUGUUCAGAUAAAUAGCACCUUAGUGAUCGUUUGGUUAUAUCCAUUGGAAGAGCUUAUGGGAUAGAAAAUUCCUCCUUUCCUCUCCAGCUGUUGUUCGCUGCUUAGGAAUACCAUCGCACAGAACUCACACCCAGUACUUUAAAGAGUAUAAAGGAUAAUACUGAAGAGAACAAAAUAGCUUGAGUCUAUCAUUUAAACUUCCUUGCAAGUUUUGUACACGUUUGAUAAUUACUACAUCCAGAUCAAAAUGAAAGCCAAGUAAACUUGCCCUCAAAAUAUAUUACAAUAUACAAAGCAACUUUUUUAAAAAAUCAGCAAUGUAUUCCUUUCUGUCAAAUACGGUAAAAAAUGGAAACUUCUUUUGAUGGCCUAUACUGCGGUAAAUCGAAGCCCGGAUGCAUUAAGUGCUUGCUGUGGUCUUCAGGCACUUGCCAGCCUUCAAAAGAAGAGUCAGGUGGGACAUUUUUACCCUUUGUCCGUAUUUCCAAAUGAAUCUCUUCAUGAUAUUCUUUGUUUAAAGAAAACAGACCCUCAUCACUUACUAGCCUCAACACUAAGCUCUCAGCAAGGAGAGGGAAUGAUGGUUUUGGCUUUAAUUUUGUGAACAAGACCUGAAGCUUAAUCUUUGCGUUCUGGUGUAAAGACUGAACAUGGCAUUGAUAUUUCACUCAUCCAGGCUGUUAUAAUUUGCAAUUCACAUCAUAACUCUGUGCUUAAAUUAAAGAAGCUUUUCAAAACAUCGUGACAUCUGCAGCAUUUAAAUUAUAUUUUAUUCUUUAUCCCAAAGCAGGCAGUGGUAUAGUUCAGGAUUAAUCACUCCUUGGGAGUCUUUCAGGAUAAGUUGUAUGGAAUAUUAAAUUUAAUAUAGGCGCAUGCAUUAAGAAAAACUUAUGCAAACCGUUUUUUUACUGUUAAUUUUGUUGUGCUUAGAGCAUAAUUUAUUCAUCCCUUCUGUCACUGAUAAUUAUUGGAAUUAUGUACUUUAAGAGGCUAAUCCAUACCCAGAAAGCACACAUACAAAUACCGUUCGGAAUCUGCAAGUUGAUGUAGGGAAAGAAGCUUCAGAAAUGCACAAAACCUCAUGACUUGUUUAGUAAGAAAACAGAAACCAAAAUUGCCACUAGACUGAAUGUAAUUAAGCCAGGUCACAAAUCUGUGUUGUUAAUGGAUUUUCCAAGAGUUCCAUCUAUCACUCCUAUGCAGUUCCUGUCAUAAUUCCUUAAAUUUAUGAGUACAGAGUAGGGGUGGGAGAAGUAAGCCCAGGCAGCCUGACUUACCUGCAUUUUUCGAUCGUGAAUCACCAACAAACCUUUAUGACAAAUAUUUAGUAGUUCAUCAUUUUUCAAGAAAUCUUUUAAUGUUAAAUUAACAUUUAUUGCCAAUAUUUGAAACCUAAAAUUUCAUAUUCCAUGCAAUCUAAGGUUACUUCUCAAAGCCAAUAUAUUCUUUCUCUUCUAGAAAAAUAAUAAUAAAGGAUUAAUAAGUUUUAUUUAAACUUUUAAAACCAGAGACCUUAUUUCAGGCCAUCUCACCACUGAGUCCCCAGUGAAAGGUCUCGUAAUCAUUUUCCUCUCAUCUCCCAAAUUUAAUAUAGGCAAUAAAGUUCUUCAUCCAUAAUUCACCAUUUUAUCACAAAUACAAUAUUAUCGAAACAUCUUACUAGCAGAUCAGCAUAGACCAUAAACCUAAUUGUAUUAGCCAUUGUUCAGUACACAUUUCACACUGUUUUUCAUUUGAAGGUUAUUUUUAAAAGAAAAGCUAAUGUUUACUCAUUGAAAUAGGUUUAAUUUCCUUUAAGCCAUAGUAUGGUUUUCUUGUCUAUGUUGUAUUUUGGUUUUGCCAUAUAGUUUUUUAUAGUUUGGCUAAUACCACUAAAAUAACUCUGCAAGAUUGUGUCAAGAAGAAAGUGUUUUAGUUAUCACAUAUGCCCCACACCGAGAACCUCGUUAGUGGGAUAAACCUAACACUUACAAUGCAAAAAUCUGCCACAGCACAUUGCUGUCGUUCAGUUGUCCCAGGCAUCCCACUUUCAGGGGCUUGCUUGUGAUCAGGAGAUGUUCUCAGACUGUACCUGACAACCAAAGGGAGUAAACCCUGUGGACACUGUUUUGUGGCCAGGGGUUAUCUGAAGUGAGACUGAUAGACUCUGUAAGGAGGCUGUUUGUCUCAGCACUCUUCUUUUUACACAUACUCCCUUGAUCACACCACUGACACUUUAGAAGUUUCUUAGCAACAGAACUGAUUGUCCGUAAGCACUCUUCUGAGUCCUGUAAAGACCGAAUUUUGUAUUUAGGUUAGAGCUUUCACACAAAACAGAGAAUAACGCAAAAUAGGGCAACCAUGGGGUGGGCACUGAAAAAGACACAUCUUCUUUAUGUAUUAAUAUGUUAAUUAAAUGGAAACAAAGAUUUUAUAUGAAAAUGAGUUUAUAUUACAUUCCCAUUAUACCAUUAAGUUAGCAUGAAAGUUUACCAUUAAAAUAAAGUUACCUCUUUUAUUACUAACUCUGAUUUGCUUAUGCAUACCAGAAAUUUUUUAUUAAAUAUUUUAAUUUUAUUUUUCUCUGUUUUGGUUAGUUUCACAUCAAGUCUGAAUACAGUAUUACUUGGGAGAAUCCAGAAUUGCAUAUUCAUUUCUACAAAAGAAAAUACUCAUGUACAAGAUUACCUACUUGAAAGAGAUACUGAUAGUCUUAGAGUCCCAUAAAAUUCUCCUUUAAAGAAUAAUGCUAUAAUACAGAAGGUGUAUAAACUACAUAUCUCGGUCAUAAUUCAAUUUAAGGAAAUAUUUAUUACCCCUUGAAAACCAGCCUACCGCCUCAUACUGAUUCAAAGAUUAAGUUCUGAAUUGUUGAGUAGAGACAUCAAGACUCACUUAGCUCACUAAUAAGGACGGAGAGUCUUGGGUGGUGGAAGAAUCCCGCUGAACUAAAUUCCAGUCACUUUAAACUGCACAGAAGUAAUGAGCAUAGACUUUAGUUUGUCUGUUAAUAAGGAGCUGAGGUGGGCAUCUGCAAAGGCAAGAGAGCAAAGAACCCAUUCUUCUAAGACACGAUGCUGCAGCCACUGCAGAGAGUGUGGAAUGAUUCAAGUGGAACAGAGACUUAGAUACUGUCACUAGAAAGCCGGAGGAGACCAGUGCCUCCAGGCCAGAUCCUUCCCUACAGAUAAUUAAAAAGAUACAGAGCCAAAGAAGCAAAAGAGGUCACCCGCCAGUAUGUGGGCCUUAGUGGGAGCAAACCAAAUCCCUCUCCCUUGCAUUGGGAGCAGUUUUCUAUCCCUGGCUCCGGCGCCGGCACCGUGCUGCUGGACCACACCUACCCCCAUUGUCUUGCUGACUAGGAUCUGGACCUAUCAACUAAGGUCCCUCAUUAUUCAUCCUUUGUUAGAAAUUUCUAGUUGCGAAAGGGCGUAGUCGCCUCAAUGAGAGCACUCGGAUCAGCCCUGUUUCCCCUGACUAACGUCCACUAACUGGCUCCUGGGGUCAUGCGCAGAGGGACCUUCCUGGGGUGAGCUCUACUCUGGGGAAACGGAAUUCAUCAGGGAAGGAGGAAAAUACCAAUUAAACAAUGUUUCUUGUCUUUGUCCAGUCAUGUUUGAGGGGAAAGAAUUGUAGAAACAUCCCAAAGCCAGUGGUAGUGCAGCACAGCUGAGCUGAGAUGCAGAAGGCAGACCCAGAGGCUCGAAAAACCAAGACUGAAGGGGGCGGGGGGGGGGGGGGGGGCAGUGACAGAGUCCCCAGCAAAGCUGCCCCAGGGCUAACCUUCGGACAAAGAAAUGCAGCAGCAGUAAGAGAAUGUCCUCAAAAGGGGGUUUUGAGGAGUUUCCUGCUGUAUGUUAUUAAACAUUACAUUCCUCUCAAGCCUCUACAACAUUUCUUAAAGGACACUGAAUUGGAUAUUGAUUUGAUUUUCUUUUAUGCCCCUGAUAAUCUCAGGAGGUAGCCACUGCGCAAUGAAAAAUCACCCUGGCUGGGUUUUUCCAUAAGGCCCGGCCUGCUCCCCAUGCAGCCCACGAAUGUGUAGGGUAGGCAGCCUUGGAGGACGUUUGCAGGGAAAGCUCCUGCUUUUUAUUUUAUUAAAGGAAUCUUGUAGUAGGUAUAUCUGCCUGCAGCAUGAAGACAGAUUUAGCUUCCCUCCUUGCCAGCAAACUUGUAAGAACCUUGAAACAUGAAUAUUUAUUUUAUUCUAAGGAGAUUCAAAUUCUGAAUUUCUAAACUCUCUUCCCACACAUUCCCAGUGAGACCAGCAGAUUCAAAUAUUCUACAAAAAAGUGUUCUAAGUGAUAGUAAGGACCCUGGUAGCAGAAUUUCAUCAUGUGUUUUCUCUCCUCUUUGUUCACUCAGGAAGGUUUUCCUGAUCAUCUGCCACGUCAGGUACAGGGAACUGUGCUGGGUGCUACUUUUUCUGUUUUUGUUUCUUGUUUUUGCUUUUUUUAACUUCUGGUUGGUAUUUCCUUUUCUCAUACGCAGCUACUAACAGGAAGGCCUUUAUCAUCAGCCUUAAUCAGAUAGCAUCGCAAUGGCCCUAGACCAGAGAGUUUCUCCUCAGGUGCUCAGGAUGUCCCGCCUUGUAGGGAACUCCCAGGCAUCCAUCUACUGAAGCCAACUGCACAGCCACUCUGGGAGCAGCCCCAUGGUACAUGCCGCUUAGAACACAGCUUCCUUGUCGUCCUUGUGCUGGAGACAGGACAAGUGCGUAGAUGCCUUAGAGGAGUGACACUAUCAAUAGAGGCUCUUGGGAGAUUUUUCCUAGGACACAAAGACCACUCUGAGCAGGCACAUCCAGGGAAGCAGCCUGUUGACUUGGCCAAGUAAGCUCAUUAGGUGACCUACCUACCUACAAAAUGUCAAAACGCUAGCAAUGACUAUCUUAAACCCCUGGACAUAUUCAAUUUUACCAUUCCUCUCUUCCAGGCCAAUAUUUUGUGUUGUUUCCUGCAUAUUCCCUAUGCAUAAAUGUCUAAAAUUAUUUUAACUGUGCAAUGUUAAAGACUUUCUCUGUAGAUUCAGAAAAGAGGGUUGCAGACACGAAGACAAGUUCAGAAUAAGCCAACCUACCUAGAUAUACGGACCCAACAGCACCACUGUGUUAAAACCUCAGCUGUACUCCAUACUUCCCCCUAAGCAUUACCCUUCCUAAAAAGCCAAAUAUCACAUCUUUCUCCCAUUUGCUAAGAACAUCUUUAAUAUCAGAAUAAGCACACUGUAGAUACUAUCCAAAGCAGAUUCUAAAGUGACAUACUAAGAAGCCAGACUUCGGUCAUCAGACAACAGAAACACCACCUCACCCUUAUGUGUUCAGUUAAAACAUCCUUGCAAAAACUACAACCAUCUAGGCAAUCCAUCUGGUCACAGGAGGGAAUACCUUAUUUUGAAAGCAUAGGACAGAUAUUAGUGGGAAAAGUCAAAGCUCUGAGCAACACAGGGUAAGUGUAAGAUGGCCAUUAAAAAAAAAAAAUCCCAAUUCUCACACUAAAGCAGCAAAAAUUUGAGUAACGAAAAUGAAGUAUACGAGUCCAAAUUCUUAUUAUUAAUAUUUUCUUCAUAUAGCUCUUGUCAAGUUAUACAACCUGGGGGUCUUUUAAGUUGCCUGAACAAUCUUUAUGAAGAUUAAACCCACCCACCCACCUCCAAAUGGAGGCUCAAAUUUCUAAGUGCCCUGCCUGGAUUCAAAAUUUCAGUGUCUGAAAGAGCGAGAUCUGGAAUCUGUUGUUACUGAGAUCGGGCAAAUGACCAUCCUUGUAGUCUUUGCCAGCUCACCAAUCCAUGCCUUUGUUCUUCUUUAAACACAGAAGGGGAAAAAAUUAAAAAGAAAAACACCCUAUUCUGUAGGAAUUUUCCUUUCACAAAUAGCUUGACUAGGUAGAAAUAAACUUGCCUGCCUGCUCUUAAGAAAUGCCAGACUGCUGGAAGGGAAUGCACAGGGCAGGGUGCCCAGAACCAUUCUUAAUAGGACUGAAUGUUUUCUCCUAACCCAAAGUACAGCACACUUCUUCUAGUUUGACUAUGGGAUGUUUUGAAGGCCCAUCUGCUGGCAGUCUGAAUUGUUUUUGCUUCAAGCAAAAGACCAUUUCCCAUAGAAGUGAAUUUAUUCACUAUAAUUCUUCCUCAGGUGCUAGGCCUUUCUUGCAAUGUACAGAAAAUAUGCAUGUUUUAAUGAGAUUAUUUUGGCUUUAGAGUCAGAGAGAUUCGUUCCACAAAGCUCAUCUGGUUCCCCACAGCAAGUGUAUUUCAUAACCCUACAAUUCUAAGUCCAACCCUCGGUAUAGACUCUGAGCAUCAAAUCAUAAUCAUAGAUAAAGGGGAGCUGGUAGGGAAGGGUCUUGGUUAUUCCCAAUUUGUGACCAAAGUGGCCAAGGAUAGGAAACUCUCUUUCACUUGAUGAACACUUCACUGCACCAUAUGAAAGGUCAGUUCCCCAGGACCAUUCUGUGACCCAAUCUGACUGUCAGUGUGUGCCAGGAGUGCACACUUCAUGACCGGUUUCAGCAUUUUCCUUCAAAGAGUACCGAGCUUUCUCACUGCAACAGCUUUGUUAGUCAGACAUCUUCAGAUUUCAUAUUUAUAUUUAAAUACAUUAGAAGCAACACAAGUAUAAUGGGGGUGUGGGGGGUGUAUGUGUGAAUUCUGAUGACUUUUAUGUUAUGGCUUUCUCUGUGUGUGCUGUUCUUGGUGGGUUCUGGGGAGAACCCUGGAAGGAUGGAAUUCUCUGAAGUCAUACCCAAACAAUCACACUAGGGUUAGGAAAAGCCAGAUAAAUGCAGGAGAAUAAAACCAAAUUGUCCAGGUCCCAAGAACAGCCCUGACUUCUUCAGGAACCCAAGCAAACUAAAAGCAAAGAUGAACUAUAACAAAUAGUGCCCAGGCCAUUUGACUGUGGGGAGCCCGCUGGAUUAAGACACUGCCAUUUUCCUGGCACAGGUCCACAGGGAGUGGUUGCAGAAAUUCAAUUUUCUGGGUUGCUUCCUCUUCCCUUUGAUAGAAGAGGAUUUUGAGAUGAUGGGGUACGAGUGGUACCUGCUCUCAGCCUGCCAAGGUGUAGAUGUUCCAUCGAUAAGCAUCACUUUGAGCAAAACACUCCUGUGGUUUACCAAGUUUCCCUCUAGUGCCAAUACUAUCAGGUUAAAGCACCUUUAAUUUUUUUUGUUGCUGUUUUAAAAUAAUUUAUUUGUGAAAUGGAUAAAAGAAACACUGGAAAUAGGGUGCUUCUUAUAAAAAAAAAUUCAAGUGUAGAGCAUACACACAAGGCCUUUGGUGAGUUUCUCUGGCUUUGUAAACAAGUCUGACAAUGAAUGACAGCUAACUAUAUAAAACAGUUAGUUGUCUAUCUCUGACCACUUUUUAACUCUGGUCUGUAUUUAACACUUAUUUAUUUGUUAGCUUUUACAUCCAGAAGAAAAUAUCCUUUCAACUCUAACAUUGUACGAUGAUUUUCAAUUGUUUUCUGAUUUUUUUAAACAUGAUUUCACCAUUUUUGUAAACUUAGAUCAUUUUCGAAUAGCCUUUUUCUUUUCCGAUAGACCAAUUACCACGCAUAGGUCUGCAGAACCUUUCUUUUUACUGUAUUCUUAUAAUAAAUGUAAAGUAUUUGUAGCAAACUG